AUGUCACCGAUAGCUCCGCCCUCCUCAUCAGUAGGAAACGAUAAUAAACAGGCAUCAAGUGGGGUUCGGACAACACUUAGAUGGUUGGGAGUCAACGCGCCGCAAACGCAGCAACAACAGGAGGAGCACGUCGCGCCGGACAAGACCGCCGCUCCACCGCAGCCAACGCAACACAAGAUCCAUUCCAUCACCGCGACACCGCCCAAGCCGAAAGCCUUUGUCACCGCUCUUAGGGCCCCACAAACGGAGCCGAAGCCGCGAAGUGCGCCGCCCGCCGCCGCGUCCUCGACCGACGAAAACGGGGGCAGUAUCACCGUGUCCGGAUCACAGCCUGUCGCUCCCGUUUCCCGGGCGCGGUAUUCGAUGGCGGCCGUAAGCAGCAUCUUUUCACGCGCUCCAUCAUCCGUACAAGCGCAAAAGACGGAGACGAUGGUGGAAGUUGCGCGUCCUCCCCGAGGACGAAAUCAAGCGAAAGCCUCCGACGACGACGACGGCGGCGAAGAUAGCGACGAGGAAGAAGACGCCGAGGAAGCCGACGAAGAAGCUACCCGAGAACGCGAACCGGACCGCGACGGAGAAGCUCCCUCCAGCCCCGCCUCGGGCAGGAAGCCGGCGCCCGGGUAUCACGAGAGCGCGAGGACGAGGGUGGUCGGCGCGAAGACGAAUGGCGCGACUACUACUACAGCUCCAGCCGCGCCCCAACCCACGGCCCGCCGGGGACGAAGUGACCGGCAGUCCGCCAAGGCGAAGGAUACCGCUGCCGCCGCGACUACCUCCGCCGUCGACGCCGGUGCGGGAGCCGAUUCAGACCUCGAGUCCGAUUCGGAGUCGGUAACCGAUGCGAGUAAAUUCGAAAUCUCCCAACUCGUCAAUCAUCGCCCGAGCAAAGACGGCGAGAACCUCUUCGAGCUCCAGGUCCUCUGGUACCACCCCGAGGACGCCGAGGCAGAAGACGUGACGUGGGAGCCCGAGGACGUGAUUCACCGCGACGCGCCGACCCUCUUGUUCGCGUACUGGCGGUCCCUAAAGGGCGGGCGCGAGGCGCAGAUGGACGACCCGGACCUCUGGGUAUCGCUGCACGUCUCCUGGAUCGGGUCGCCGCAGGCCACGUGGGAGCCCGAGGCCAACGUGGAGGAGUCGUCGCCGGAGGCUGUGGCGGAGUACUGGGCGGCCAAGGGCGGGCGCGACAGGGUGAUUUCGGGGGCGACGGCCAAGAAGAGGGGGCUACGCGUGGUGGAGGUCGAGGGGGUCGCGGUGGCUCGCGCAAGAGGAUAA